UGACUGAAUGAAACAAUAGUCCAUCACCCGCAAAUAGGCUAUCGUUAACCGCGGAUCUACUGCAUUUAUUAUGAUGAUGAUUCUCCAUCUGUCGGCCAUAAUAGUUGUUAACAAUGUUUACACGCUGGCCAGAACAACGAAAACAAAAAAAAUGACACAUAUGAUGAAAUGAUGAACCAGAUUUUAGUAUACCCUUCGUCAUGAUAUUUGAUAUAUAUAGCGAUUUUAUACAAUGAAUGGAACUGCCAGAAACGAUCACUGUUGCUCUAAGUUUUUAAUCUUAUCAAAAUACAAGGCCAAAACUGAUAUCAUCGAAUGAUUGUUGAAUUUGAUUUUUUUUAUGUUUAUAUUAUCUUGUUUAUUUAUUUAUUUCACAUACAUCAUAUAUGCAUUUAAUUAUCACAGUAUUACCAUCAAUAUGGAAAUGUAAUUCAUCAUAAUUCAAUACCAAUCAAAUAAAAUAUCAACGAAUAUUGACGUACCGGUUAUUUGAUUUGAUUGAUCUUUUUCAGAGAAAAAAAAAUGAGCCAACCCGUUAAUGAUGAUGAUGAUGAUAAACAAUUGAAUGAUCAUUCAUCAGAUCAACAGCAACAGAAUGGCGAUUCAUCAACGAUUCAUGCACCAUCAGACGACCACCAAAAAUCAAAUGCUAAACAAAUCAAUGCUCAAGAAUUGAUGGCUGAAAAAUUGGAAAAAUUAAGCGUAGAUAAUGAUCGUCUUAAUCGUGAUAAUGAAGAAUUAUCUACAAAAAUUACUGAAUUAGAUCGAAUGGUUCAGAAUUAUCGACAGAAAUCUAUAGCUUCAAAUCGCCAAAUUGAACAGAUAAAAUCCGAAUUACAAUCGAUGGUAAUAAAAUAUGCUACUUCGGAAAAAGAGGUAAUCGAUGUGAAAAAACGUUUCGAUGAUAUCGAUCGAAAAUAUCGAGAUCUAUUGAAAGAACGCGAUCAAUUACAAUUGAAAACCAAAGAAUUAAGCCAAGAAAAGAAACAAUUGUUACAAUCACUCGAACGACAAAUAUUGGAAUCGGCAUCAUUACGAAAUCGAAAUGAAAUUCUUGUCAAUAAAUUGGAACAAUCUCAGGUGCAGACGCAACAGCUACAGCUUUCAUUCGAUGAUAUCAGUGCUAAAUACAAUUCAUCAUCAUCUAAAUUACUGGAAAUUGAAUCAGCAUUGGAAACGUUAAAUUUGGUCGAUGAUAGUGUUGUUCUGAAUAGUGAUGGUGAUGAACAAGAACCACACACCAAAAAACAGCAAAACAAAUGGAUUGAUGUAUACCUACAAUGUACACACUCGAAUCAUAAACUCAACGAUAAAAUCGUCGAUCUCGAAACGCAAAUUACCCACUAUCGAGAAGAAAUUGAUCAAUUAAAUGAACAGCUAGCUAAAUCACGUGAACAACUAAAAAAUUUUCAACAAAAUCUUAACCUAAUUGAAUCAUUAAAACAGGAAUUGAUCAAACAACAGGAUGUAAUCAAUGAUUUGAAGAAAAAAUUCGACAAAGUAAACGAAAUGAACCGAGAAUUGUUGAAUGAAGCCGAUUCAAGUAAACACAAAGAAAGUGAAUUACUUGAAUAUACGGAACGUUUAACAGCCAAAAUGGUAUCAUUACAAUGUGAACAUAAUUCCUUGCAAGAAAAAGUUCGAUCAUUACAAUGUGAAUCAGAUCGAUAUCAUUGUGAUUAUGAUCGUAUCGUUAAUGAACGGGAUCAAUUGGAACAACGAUUACAAUCAACAAUCGAUAAGCAAUCAUUGCAAAUCCAACAAUUACAUGCUCAAAUUGAAGAGAAAAAUGUUGAUGCACAAAAUCUACGAAAACGAAUCGAAGAACUUGAGAAUGAUAUCAACAUUAUGAAACGAAAACACAUAUUAAAUCUUAAAGAAUUAAAUAAGGAGAUCCAACAGCUUCGCCGGAGUCAACAGAAACAGCCACUAUUGCUUGAUGCUCCAUCAACAACAUCGAUUAAGACGACGAUGAGUGAGACGGCCACCAAUUCAUCGAGCUUAUCAUCACGUACAAAUUCAUUGAGUUCAUUGAAUGAAAUGAUCUAUUCGCGAACACAAUUACAAUCGAAUAAUGAUAAUGAACCAAAUACUGAUACGAUAGGUAAUGGAUCAUCAUCGACCAAUUGUAACAGUGAUCAAUUAUCGAUUGAUACGUCUCAAAUAUCAUCGUCAUCUUCAUCGACGACAACAAACCACGAAUUAACAUCAUUAAACGAUAUCGAUAAAAAUACAUUGAUCGAAAGGAUUCUUCGUUUACAGCGUCAACUAAUUAAACGUAAUGAAAAAAUUGAUUUUCUUGAAGAACAUAAUGGACAAUUGAUUGGUGAAAUGAAAAAGAAAUCCAAACUAUUACAAUAUUAUAUAUUGAAAGAGGAAACCGGUGCAUUGGCCACAGAAUCUAUGGACAAGAAUAAGGCUUACAUAUCGAAACGCGGUGGUGGCAUCAUGUCAUCAUUAUACAAUUCAUCAUUAACAGAUGAUACAAUGACAUUGGAACGAUCAUUGGAAAUAAACAAUAAAUUACAUGCCAUACUUGAGGAUACAUUACUAAAGAAUAUGACACUAAAGGAAAAUCUCAAUACAUUAGCACUUGAAAUUGAUCGUUUAUCCAAACAACUACAACAACAGCAGCAGCAGCAACAAAUACAAUGAUGAUGGAUUGAUAAUUCCAAACAUGUAAUAUUGAUAGUUGGAUGCUGGGUUGAGAAAUCGAUGAAUAUUCAUCAUCAUUUUUUUUAAUAUUUACACACAAAUUUUUCAUCUUCCAUCAUAAUGGCCUGUUAAUGUUUGUUGUUUUUUUCUUGGGAAUUUUGAAUAAAUGUUGUCCCAGUAUUUGUACAUAAA